UUGAGGGUAUUCCAUACACUAUAUCUAAUACAUUAAACAAAGCUUCUUCUCCUGUUUCUCUCUUCCAUUCCCCUCUUAUUCAGUGAAACCAAUAAGAAACCAAAAAGAAACCAAGAAGAAACAAAUUAAAACCUAAAUAUGCUAGCCAGUACCACAGAUCUUCUUCCUCACAAAAAACCACUCCAAAUCAAAGAAGAUGACAAAUUCUUCUGCAGACUUCUCUCAAAAGAAACAUCAAUGGCGAACCCAUCAUUCAGAGUCUACCAUGGAGGAAUUGCAGUAACUGUUCCAUUCACAUGGGAGUCACAACCUGGUACUCCUAAACACUCCUUGUCCGAAGCCACACUCCCUCCAUUAACACCACCUCCUUCAUAUUUCUCCAAUGCGAAACAAAGACCCGUCAAGAAACACUCAAGAUCCAAUCUGUUUCACUUCCUUUUCUCAAGAAUCCAUCACAAGAAAACCAGUAAGACCAUGGACGAGCCAAGAGAUAACAAUUAUUUAUCUUCUUCCGCUUCGAGUUUAAGUUCAUCACCAUCUUUCGCGUCUUCUGCUUCGUCUUCUUGGUCGUUUUGGACCGCUACUCCUACUAGGAAAUGUAGAAAUGGAUCAGUGAGGAGUAGAUUUUCUUCAUUUGAUUCAAGGGCUUUGAUUUUUGAGGAGCAAGAAUUUGAGUCACCUAAUUCUACCUUGUGCUUUGGUGGUAGUAGAGGAAAUAGAUGGUGAUCAAACACUAUGAUCAAGAAUUAAUUACUUUAUAAUAUAAGUUAAUUUAUGAGUGUGAUUUGGCCAUGGAUCUGGUUCUAGGUACUUCUUGAAAUUUGAUCUUCUUUUCUUACUCUUAUGUCAAUGUAUUUUCUUGAAAGUGGUCUGUGGAAACACAAAUUGUUUGAUCUUAAUGAAGAAUCUGUUUGUAAAUGUUUUUAA